AAAACAAUAUUAAAAGAACGUUCGUGAAGCAAAUGAAAAACGCGUCAAUAAUAUAUUUAAGACGGGUGACAUAGUGAGCAUUCAUAAUAUUAUUAUUUUAUUUGAAAUAUAGGCCACCAAUCAGAAUUCUUUGUCCCAUUUAAUGAGUAAAAUAACAAGAAUAAUCCAAAACAUGGUAUUUUCUAGUUUAACAUCCUAUAUUUUAUUAGCCUAAAUAAGCUAUAACAAUGAUCUGUUAUGCAUCCUUUACCAAUGGACACUAUGAGUCCAUGAGGAGGAUUUGUUACAUUUUUGUUUUCGUUUUUGUUUCUUUUAUAGCAAUAUAUGUCCACAUGCAAUGGAGCUUAUCUUCGGAUAAAUAACAAUAUACGUUCACGUUCAAUUUAUAGGUAAAUAAUAAUUUAAGACAACAAUUAGCGUACUAUAACAUAAUUUUUUGUAAUCAAAUUAGUUUUGUGAUUUUGUUUUAUCGCCAUACCAUAAUACCCUGCGAAUACAAACGUACGCAGAGCUAGUCUUUUACGUGCGUGUGCGUGGACGAUUAAGUUUUUUAACACAUCAUCAUACCAAGACUUGUUAAACCACUAAUUGUUUAACAGGAAAAGAAUUAGAUAUUUAAUUUAACAUUUUACCCAAAAAAAAAGGAAUUAGAUAUUUGUUUUUAUGUAAAGAAAGAACAAAUUUGGAGAAGAGAAAGGUCCAAAGGCAUGGCUAAGAAAACAAAACCAUGGACACCCUGUCCUCAAUUUGAUGACAAGUCUCUCUCGUUUGGUCACAACUCAUAUAAACGGCAACGUUUCAUUCCUAUAUAAUUUUCCUUGCUCUCCUCUUAUCUCUACUCAACACCACUCAAUUCAUCUUUCUCUUCCCUUGUUUGAUAUAAAAACCAACACACCCUUAAUCUUUUUUUCAUCUUCAUCUUAAUCCAAAUGCAUAGAGAUAUACAUAUAUAGUUUCCUUUUUCCAUAUGGCAAUUGUAUCCUCCACAACAAGCACCAUGACCAUGAGUAACCAAGUCAACAACAACAGUGAUAAAGGAAUAGAAGAAGAUGCUCAUAGACACGAGAAUCAUGCCCAAAAUGAUGAUGAAGCUGAUGAUCAUGAUCAUGACAUGGUCAUGCCUGGAUUCCGAUUCCAUCCCACAGAAGAAGAACUCAUAGAAUUUUAUCUUCGCCGUAAAGUCAAAGGCAAACGCUUCAAUGUAGAACUCAUCACAUUCCUCGAUCUUUAUCGCUAUGAUCCUUGGGAACUUCCGGCGAUGGCGGCUAUAGGAGAGAAAGAGUGGUACUUCUAUGUGCCAAGAGAUCGAAAGUAUAGAAAUGGAGAUAGACCAAACCGAGUAACGACUUCUGGGUAUUGGAAAGCUACUGGAGCUGAUCGGAUGAUCAGAUCAGAGAGCGCUCGGUCUAUCGGGUUAAAGAAAACCCUAGUCUUCUACUCCGGUAAAGCCCCUAAAGGCACUCGUACCAGUUGGAUUAUGAAUGAGUAUCGUCUCCCUCACCAUGAAACCGAGAAAUACCAAAAGCCUGAAAUAUCAUUGUGCCGAGUGUACAAAAGGCCAGGAGUAGAAGAUCAUCUAUCCUUACCACGCUCUCUAUCCACAAGACAUCAUAAUCAUACCUCAUCAUCUUCCCGCUUGGCCUUAAGACAACAACAACAACACCACUCAUCAUCAUCCAAUCAUUCAGACAACAACCUUAACAACAACAACAAUCUUGAGAAGCUCUCAACCGAAUAUUCUGGCGACGGUAGCACCAUAACCACCACAAACAGUAAUUCUGACGUCACUAUAGCUUUAGCCAAUCAAAACACUUAUCGUCCAAUGCCUUAUGGUGUAAGCAACACGCCAAUGAUCUCUACAAGUAAUAAAGAAGAUGAUGAAAACGCAAUUGUUGAUGAUCUUCAAAGACUCGUUAACUACCAAAUAUCUGAUGGAGGUAGUAACAUCAAUCACCAAUACUAUCAAAUCGCUCAACAGUUUCAUAAUCAACAAGAGCUAAAUGCAAACGCGUUGCAAUUGGUGGCGGGGGCAACUACAGUGGCGCUAACGCCUCAAACGCAGGCGGCAUUAGCGAUGAACAUGAUCACUGCAGGGACGAUUCCAAACAGUGCUUUGUGGGAUCUAUGGAAUCCACUAGUACCGGAUGGAAACAGAGAUCAUUAUACUGAUACUCUUUUCAAGGAAUUUAAUUAGAUCUUGAAAUAGUUAUAUUUCUCUAUUAUAUACUGAUUAUUUAUUUCAAACAAGUUAGUUAUAGCUAGAACAUGAUUGAUUAUUGCAAUUUAUGUAACGGACCUGAUUUUUUACGUAUGUAUCCUUUUUCGACGAAAUUUGAAUUUAUUAACUUGAAAA